CAUGGACCAGCCUCCCGCCCCGCGCCGCACAGCGCGGCACAGCACGGCAAAGCAUGGCACGGCGUGGUAAAGCACGGCAAAGCAUGGCACAGCGUGGCAAAGCAUGGUAAAGCAUGGCACGGAGUGUUAAAGCGUGGCAAAGUAUGGUAAAGCAUGGCAUGGUGUGAUAAAGCAUGGCACAGUGUGGCAAAGCAUGGUAAAGCAUGGCACGGCAUGGCAAAGCGUGGUAAAGCAUGGCACAGAGUGUUAAAGCAUGGCACAGCGUGGCAAAGCACAGUAAAGCAUGGCACGGCAUGGCAAAGCAUGGUAAAGCAUGGCACAGUGUGGUAAAGCAUGGCACAGGGUGUUAAAGCAAGGCACAGCGUGGCAAAGCAUGGCACAGCAUGGUAAAGCAUGGCACAGUGUGGUAAAGCAUGGCACAGCGUGGCAAAGCAUGGCACAGAGUGGCAAAGCAUGGCACAGAGUGGUAAAGCAUGGCACAGCGUGGCAAAGCAUGGCACAGAGUGGCAAAGCAUGGCACAGAGUGGUAAAGCAUGGCACAGGGUGUUAAAGCAAGGCACAGCGUGGCAAAGCAUGGCACAGCAUGGUAAAACAUGGCACAGUGUGGCAAAGCACGGUAAAGCAUGGCACAGUGUGGUAAAACAUGGCACAGCGUGGCAAAGCAUGGUAAAGCAUGGCACAGCAUGGUAAAGCAUGGCACAGCGUGGCAAAGCAUGUCACAGCAUGGCAAAGCAUGGUAAAGCAUGUCACAGCAUGGCAAAGCAUGGUAAAGCAUGGCACAGCGUGGCACAGCAUGGUAAAGCAUGGCACAGCGUGGCAAUGCCGGGCUCUGGACGGGCAAUCAUGGCCCUGUGGCUCAGGGCAGCCCCUCAUGGCGAUGCCCACGAUGGGGACAGCCCAGGGAGGGCCACCGUGUCCCCACAGAGGGGACUGGAAUGGGACAAGGGGGUCCCUUGGCCACCCCACGCCCAGGUUGCCCCCCUGGUGGGGGUGCCCAAGGCGGGUUCUGAGCAUCCUCAUCCCGGUGCGGGACCCGGGUCGUUAUGGCAACAGGUUCCCCGUGUUCCUCCCACCCGCGACGGCACCGGGUGAGGGGGUGGCCGGGCCCCCCUCCCCUCCCCGCGCUGCGGCAACGGCAGCACCCGCAGCCCCCCGGGAUCGGCACGCGCCGCCCGCGCCCGCACCCACGCAGCCUGCACCCGCGGGGGGCACCCGCAGCUCGGGGUGGGGUGGGGAGGGGGGGUACCACACCGGGCCUGGCACCCCGUACCGUGCUGGGGAGGGGGGACAUGGUGCCCGAGCCCCCUCUGUGCCACGCGGCGCCAGGCACGUGUGCCACACACGGCCCAUCUCCUCGAUGGGUCAGCCCCAUCCUGGCACGGUGGGCACCCAGGCGGCUGCAGGGUGGGCAAGGGCAGUGCCACUGGUUCUUGUGCCAUGCCGUGCCAUGCUGUGCCAUGCCGUGCCAUGCUGUGCCAUGCCAUGCCAUGCUGUGCCAUGCCGUGCCGUGCCGUGCCGUGCCCGUCCCCGUGCCGUGUGGCGGGGGCUGCAGCUCCGCGCAGCAGAGAAUCCUCCCGCAGAGAGAGUAAAAAUAGCAGCAGGUUUCGGGGAAACGGCGUUCGCUGCCUCGUCCCCCCUCCAGCGGGCACCGACGGGGAGCGGGAGGAGCGAUGGCGGGGCCGGGCACGGGCAUCGUGGGGACAAGAGGACACUGGGGACAGGGCAUCAUGGGGCCAGGGUGCCAUGGGGACACGGUGCCAAGGGGACAAGGUGCCAUGGGGACAGGGCAUCGUGGGGCCAAGAGGACACGGAGACUCCGUUCCGAAAAGGUGAGCUUGCAAAAUCCCCAAAGGUGGCGGCGGGGAGCGGCUGUGCCGGUGUUGGCGCGGUGGCGGUGCCAACCCGGUCACGGUCCCGGCGCGGUGGCGGUGCCGGGAUGGGGGGGUUGGUGCCCCCCCGAGCCGGGCAGCGUUUACGACAAUUAAAGGCUUGCAAAAUCCCCAAAGGUGGCGGCGGGGAGCGGCUGUGCCGGUGUUGGCGCGGUGGCGGUGCCAACCCGGUCACGGUCCCGGCGCGGUGGCGGUGCCGGUGUGGCGGCAGGAACCGGGAGCAGCUGCAGAACGGGGGAAGGGGGGGUUGGUGCCCCCCCGAGCCGGGCAGCGUGGCCAGGCCGUGCCCACGCCAGCUCUGUGCCUUUAAGCGCGGCGCGGCGCGGCUGUCCCGGAUCAGCCGGAGCGCCUAUUAA